UAUCGUUGCCUGAGGUCGUGGUUCGGCCAUUUUGCUGCGAGUGAGGGCAGCGAGGGACCGUUGUCGGGGAAUUGCGCGGUCACAUCACAAACUGGAGCGAAAAUGCGCAUCCAGAAGUGUUAUUUCUGUUCGGCGCCCGUGUACCCGGGCCACGGCAUGAUGUUCGUCCGCAAUGAUUGUAAGGUUUUCAGAUUCUGCAGAUCAAAGUGUCAUAAGAAUUUUAAGAAGAAGCGUAACCCGAGAAAAGCCAGGUGGACGAAGGCCUUCCGGAAAUCGGCUGGCAAAGAAUUGACUGUGGAUAACUCAUUUGAAUUUGAAAAACGUAGAAAUGUGCCAGUCAAGUACCAGAGAGAUCUAUGGUCUAAGUCAGUUGUGGCAAUGAGAAGAGUUGAGGAAAUCAAAGAGAAGCGUCAAGCAAGGUUUAUUAUGAACAGGUUGAAAAAAAGCAAGGAGUUACAGACAAAGGCAGACAUCAAAGAGGUCAAACAAAACAUCCAUCUCAUCAAAGCUCCUCAUGCAGAGAGACCAAGGAAACUGGAAGAAAAGAUGGUACAUAUGUUACAAGAAGAUUUGGAAAUGGCAGAAGAAACUUAACUGUUGCUGUUUUGCUGUCCAGGUGGAAUGAAUGAUAUAUAUGAAUCAAAUCUCAUGCUUUAACUGUUUUGCAAGUUGUGGACAUUAACAGUUCUUGGAAUUUAUCCAGCAGUAAUCCACCAACACUUAUCAAACCUCCUGAUUGCCAAAAUUUAUACAGGACAAAUAUGUAAGAAAGAAAUUUAGGUGGAAGUACAAAUUCACUUAUCUGGAUUUUCCAUAUCUGUGUGAGCAGACUCAUGGAUCAAAUUGAAAGAUUUUAAAUGACAGUUCAGAUGCUGCUUUGUGUCUUUGUUAUACUGUCAAUGAGUCUUUAUCUGCAGUUCUUUAAAAUCAAGAUUAUUGAGUUAUCCUCAUGAAACAUCAAGCAGAAAAUACCAUUUUUUGAAAGUGGGAAUGAAAAAACUGUCCAGUGGACCCAGCAAUUUGGAUCUGUCAGUGUUUUGAUAUGAACGUUCUGGUCGAAUGAUAAAGUUUUCUUUUCCAGAAAUAUGAUGUGUAUAUUUUCAAAAUAAUGUUGGUUGACCUGCCAGCUCAAAAUGUAGUCGGCUUUAAAGUUGACACAAAAGAUUCCAGUCAAUAAAACAUAUUUUGAUCAUCAAA